ACGCAGUAUGGCGGCUGGAAGUUCUACCGCGUCGAGGUUUCAAGCCACUGUUCCUCUAACCGUGGACUCGAUUAUAGCUUGCAGACAGCCGCAGUUCCAUGUUUUGGACGUUCCGGUGCAGAUCGUGUGUCUUGUGGGUAUAAUCCGCAAGCUCGAAAUACGACAUUGUGAAGCCACCUUUGAAAUACAAGACCACACUGGCAGCAUUAAAGCCAUCAUUAUCUCAGAAACAGAAUCUGAAGUGGCAGCCAAGGUAUCAGGGAUCACCGAAAACCACUACGCUAAAGUAUUCGGCUCCGUACGUGAGGACAACGGAAGCAAAAUCGUCCUAAUAAUGAAAGUGUGUCCAGUUAGUGACUGCAACGUCAUCACUCACCACUUACUUCAGUUUCAUUACUUUAUAGCGAGCGCUCAAGUUGAACGGAACAAACAGUUGGCUUCGGCUAAUACCUCUGGGGCUGCUUUGGCAGACUCUUUAGUAGCCCUUGAAGACAUGUGUGAGGGCGGUUCAACCACCCCUCAGUUUACCGACCUCCAGAAGCUGGUUUUCGAUAUUAUUAAAAGCGACUAUUCCGAUGUUGGUACCACCAGGAGGAGCAUCCUGAGGCAGUUUCCGGCCUACCAGAGCCACGAGGUCACCGAAGCCGUGGAGUUCUUGAUCAACGAAGGCCUCAUCUACCACAGCGUGGACCAGGAGCACCUCAAGGCCGCCUAACCCCAAAACAACGUUCAAGUUACGUUUUUAUUGUUACCAA